AUGGCGGGCCUCAUGCUCGUCCACACGGUGUGGUGCGUGAUCAUAUUGGUCGUGUACGAGCGCGCGCAUCGAACGCUGCGGCAAGACUGCAAGGGAGGGAAGCGGGCGAUGGUGUGGCUGUUCACGACGUUCGGGUGCUACUUCUUAGCGCUCCUAGUCGAGGUCAUCCUGCUGCACACGUCGCUCAAGGGGAGGAUAAUGGAACCGGGGAAGAGGAAGUUGGUGCCUUACUUGCUGUACGCCCAUCUGUUAUUACUCGCGACGGACAUUGCGUUGACAAUUCUGGGGACGCUGGUCGAGCGCGGGCUGGCCACGUGUUUUAAUCAGGCGAGGGUGAGAACGAUGAUCUUGAGCGUAAUCAUAGGAAACUUCGUCGUGUUGGGAAUGCACUUCUUCGGAAUCGCGCUGAUGUUUAGCAUGUUUGGGCACCUUCCGAGCGAUAAGAAGUGGUAUAAGAUUUUCAACAUCAUCUCAACGGUGCUGUGUUUGAGGCGAAGAGAGAAGAAGAUUGAUCCGGAGGUUGAUAGAACAUUAGAUGAACAGGGUACGCUGGCCCACAUAGCAAACUGUUUCGCCGAGGUUUUUCAGGGCGCGGAUGUGGUUCCAAGCGAUAUCGCGGCAGGCAUGGGGUUACUUGCGAUCCAGCAUAGGCACCUGAUUGAGGAACAGCCACUUGGAAAGCCAUUUCUCAACGACUCCGAUGCGCUUGCGCCGUACGAGUCUCUUGGUGAGAUGUACACAGAUGCCGCACAUUACUCAAGAUUUGCACUCGCGGCGUACGGUUGGGCUCUUUUCGCGUGGGCGGAUCCCAGGACUGGCCUGGGCAUGGCGUGUUCAGCGGAGGCGUGUGCAAACUGUUGUGGUUGCACGUCGUGUAUGAAGAGGUCUAAUGAAGUUGAGCCUCACGACUUGGACCGCAAGGCCCUGAAAAAGUGCGCCGGCAUCGAAUCAGAGGACUUAUUAUUCGUUUCGAUGGUGAAUGGAAUAGGCGAGCCUCCAUUCUUCAUUGCGCGCGAUGUCCGUCGCAAGGCGAUUGUGAUCUCUAUCCGGGGUACACUCAGCGUCGCUGACUGCAUUACGGAUAGCAUGUACAAGCCGUGUAUCCUCAACCCCGAUGUCAUCAUAGAAACUGGCUUACAAGGUGCCGAUCUGCACGUGCAUUCUGGCGUAUUCAGGGCAACAAACUUCAUUCUUUCAGAGUUGGCAGAGAGUAGAAUUUUAGAACAAGCCAUCCUUGGUGAGGCGCCGACCGAAGGGUGCACACCGCUUCCGAGCACAGCCGCUGGUUGUCGCGGGUGGGGUUUGGUCAUCACUGGACACUCGUUGGGCGCUGGCGUUGCCGCGAACCUUUCGUUGCAUCUCCGGAAAAAGUUCCACACGUUGAAGGUGUGGUGCAUUGAGCCACCAGGUGGGGUGUUGAGUCCAAAAUUAUGUGAAAUCACGAAAGAGUGGACGUACAGUACCGUGCACCACUGUGAUUUGUUUUGUAGACUAUCUGGUCCGUGUUUGUUGAAGCUACGCGGCGAUAUGAUGGACGCGCUGACGAACUCAAAGUUGAACAAGUUUUCGCUGCUGAUGCGAAUGACGUUCAGUGGUACCAAGUUACAAAUCUCUGAUGUUUUGGACCCGACUCAGGCGGCGAGUGAAUCUACGACGCUUCGUGACGAUUUCAGACGGUACGCCGAUGAGCAGAUAUCAGUAACACCGCUCAUGUCAGCCCCGUUGCAUCCUCCAGGACACCUCAUCCACCUGCAACGGCUGCCGCAUGGAGAAUACGCUCCGCACCUUGUCGAAGCGAGUGAGUUCAUGGCACGCGGUAUGAUGAUUCAAUACGGCUUCUUCUCUGAUCAUUUCCCAGAUAAGGUCGCGGCGGUGCUCUCUGACUUAGCCUCGGCCAGCACCGGCGCCUCGCAGGCUAUCAGCUCUGAGGGCACCGUCUCAGAAGAUACUCUCAUUGACAAGCUCGUGAGUACCCAGUCUCGCCGCAAGCGACCGAGCGAAGAUAACGUUUAG